AUGUCUUCCACCGUGUCCGCUGAUCAAUUCCUGGCUGCCGCCAAGUACCGCCGCACCGUCUACGGCCUCAAAGGUACCUCUGCUGUCUCUGACAAGCGAGUUGAGCAAAUCGUCGGAGAGGUUCUCUCUUUCUCGCCAUCUUCAUACAACACCCAGCCAGUUCGCGUUACUAUUGUGACUGGCGAGAAGCACAAGCAGCUGUGGGACAUCAUCAUCAAGACAUCCGAGCCCAUCCUUAAGGGCGCCGGCGAGGCAGUAUGGGCGACCAUGAGCGGUAUCUUUGAGUCGCACAAGGCAUCAUAUGGAUCGGUUGUUUUCUGGGAGAGUGGCGACAGCAUCAAGGCAGCUGGAGAGACACACAAGUCGGGCGCCCACAUGUUCGGCCAAUUUGCGGAGCACACGACCGGUAUGGCUCAGAUUCUCGUCUGGACCGCUCUUGAGUUGGAGGGACUGGGUGCCAACCUCCAGCACAUGCAGGCCAUUCCUCCCGUUGAAGCGGAGAUCAAGAAGUUCCUCCAGGUGCCUGCCGACUACUCACUGAAGGCCCACUUGAACUAUGGUGAUGAGCCCGGCCCACACAGCACCACCGUCCCUGAGAAGCUUCCCCUCAGCGAGACCCUGAAGAUUGUCAACUAA